AUGCCCAAAGCCGUGGCAGGUCGCCGAGGGGCCCGUUUCACCCCAUUCGCGCGAACACCACGAACCCCCGUGAUCGCUAAUGAAGACACCAUGCUUCCAUCAUUUGACAAUUUCCCCACGUACUUAGUCGAGGGGGACUCCACAUUCGCCCAAGACGAUCAUCACUCGAUGGUAUUGGCCAGCUUGUCGGAACUUGCCGAGCUCGGCGCAGGUUCCAAUAAUUUUUUAGAUUUUGUCACAGGCCAGACAUAUGAUGAAAGUCCAAGCUCGACUGCAUCGCAACCGCGUGCUGCGGUGGCGCAUCUCUUUAUCAAUAACAAGACGGUCAUGUCCAGAUCCAAGGAAUGGACCAGCAUUCUUGACCCAACCACCCAAGGCCUGCUUUCAAGGGUUCCUUGCUGCACUCAUCAAGAGGUGCAGAAUGCAGUAAAUGCUGCGAAUGAUGCCCAAGAAGACUGGGAGGGGAUAGGAUUCCAGGCCCGCCGAGAUUACAUGCUGAGAUUAAUUGAUGCUUUGCGAGAUUUUUCUUCACUCAUUAUUACUAGCCUUUGUCGGGAAGUAGGCAAGACAAUAGAGGAUGCAGAGUCGGAAUUUAAUCGAGGGCUAGAUUGUAUUCAUGCUGCAUGUUCAAUUGGCCCUGAAAUGGCAGGCAUGUUUCUUGGGAACGACCCUACCAUGCUACAAACAUUUUAUGAGCCAGUGGGUGUUUGCACAACAAUCACUCCAUUUAGCUUCCCUUUUAUGACUCCUCUUUGGUCUAUUCCGUACGCGCUCAUCACGGGAAACACAGUUGUUCUCAAGCCAUCCGAAAGGGCUGUGUCAGUACCAUCGAUCAUUGCCGAUGCUGUUCUCAAGGCCGAGUUUCCGCCCGGAGUUUUCAACAUCGUGCACGGCGGCCAUUCAGUCUCCCAGAUGCUCAUCCUACAACCGUUAGUGAGAGCGAUCAGCUUUGUAGGAUCCGAGUCUGCUGCAAAGCAAGUUCACGAUCUUGCCCGGAAAGCCGGAAAGCGCAUCCAAGCAGAAUGCAGCGGCAAAAACCAUGGUGUCAUUUUAGAAGAUGCUGAAAUGAUGCCCACCCUCUUCGCUAUCGCAGGAAGUGCCUUUGGAGCCGCAGGACAGCGAUGUAUGUCCCUUAGCGUCGCAAUAUUUGUGGGCAACACUGCACGUUGGAUACCAAAACUCGUCGAAGUUGCCAAGUCAAUGACCGUGGGCAAUGGCAGUGAUGAAGGAACGAAGAUCGGACCAUUGAUAGACAAAGAGGCGAAGUCAAAAAUUACAGGUCUUAUCGAUCGUUCCAGCGAAGAAGGUGCAGUUCUACUGUGCGAUGGAAGGGACGUUCACGUCCCGAGAUAUCCCAACGGAAACUUCCUCGGACCAACAAUUCUUUCCGGUGUCGAGACAUAUAUGGAAUGUUAUCAAACAGAAAUUUUUGGUCCUGUUCUUAUUUGUAUGCAAGUCGAUACGAUGGAUGAAGCGAUUGAGCUGAUCAACCAAAAUAAAUACGGGAACGGGUGCUCAAUUUUCACUACGAGUGGAAAGCAUGCGAAGACAUUUCAGCGCCAGGUCAACGUGGGUCAGAUUGGCAUCAACAUUCCGUUGAUUGCGCCCUACGGUACUGCGGUGCGAACCAGCAACAAGGCUUCUUUCAUGGGAGGUAAAAAACGAAUUCAGAGGAUUUACGAUGAAUUGAAGCAUAGUUACUAA